AUGUGUGACAAAAAGGACACUGCUCAAUUACAAGGAGAUUUUUAUGAACCUAUUUCCAAUAAAUUAAACCAAAUCGGUGUUUUAGUGGCAGAGAGAGACCAAAAGAGUGUUGAGAAUGUUUCUCUUGUAAAAAUCAAUGAUCAAAUGAAGCAAAAAGAUAAGGAAAAUGAAGACAAAAUUGCCAAGCUUGAGGCUGAAUUGACAAAAUGUAUAGAAAAAUCUCGACUUGUUGACACACUGCAGUCUGAAUUGGAUGAAAUAAAUAAAUCAAGGGAGACUGUCGCCCUAAACUUGACUCAAAAAACUUCAGAUUUUGAUUCACUAUCAAACAAUUUUUUAAUCCUGGAAAGUCAAUUUUUUGAUUUAAAAGAUCAGAAAAAUCUUUGCGAUCAAAAAGUUGCUGAACUUGACAAAGAGCGGACCAAUCUUAAUAAAGUUAUUAAAGAACGCCAAAUAGACUAUACUAACCUUGAAAUGACUGUCCAUCGCUUACAAAGUGAAGUUAAUCAAAUAAACGAACAAAAAACGUGCCUCGUGAAUCAAAUGCAGUCUCAAAUGGAUUUUCAGAAGCAGUUAACUUGUAAAUUGGAAAGUUGCCAAAGUGCCAAGGAACAGUUGCUAAAAAAUUUCGAACUUGAAAAAACAACGAAUUCCAAAUUAAGAGAUCAAAAUGAUUCUCUGGCUGCUCAAAAUUUGACCUUGUCCUCCCAGAAUGUCACAAUUAACGAAUUAAUGAACAAAAUAACCAAGGAGAGAGACAAUUUUGAACAAAUCAAUAGCAGAAAUUCUGAUUGGGAGAACGCAUACUACUCAUUAGAAGCCCAGUUUGGACAUUUGCAGUCCAAAAGAGAAAACGAUCAACAGACUUUGGGGCUAUUGAACGAGGAAAACAAACAGCUGAGCUGGAAAUGCAAUCAAAUCAAAAAUGACUUGUCGAAAAAAGUUCAAACAUUAAACACAGAGAUGGAAAUGUUAAAGAAGAUUUUAGAAAUAACGAAAGCUGACUAUAUCAGAUCACAAGUGGAAAAUAGUCAGUUUACGACACAAUUACAAAAUGAAAUUCAAACACUCAAACAGGAAUUUGCAGAGUUGCAUACAAAUUUCUGUAAACUAAGCCAAGAAAGAGUCGAGAUUGAUCAAUUGAGCAAUUUGAACGAUUCUUUACAGGUGGAGAUAUUGUGGACGCACAAAGCUAAAGAGACUCUCUCGUUUAAAGUGGAUGAACUUGAGAGUGAGAACACUCAGUACAAAGAAUUGCUUCACAAGCUCGAAUUAGAUAGAAAAUCAAUUAAUGAGUUGAACAGCCGUUUAAAUACUGAGAAGGAUGAGAUUAGUGAGCGUGUUAAUUCUCUACAACAGCAAAAUAUGGUUUUGGAAUCUCAUUUAAAGGCAGUUAACCAACAGCAAGCUCAAGUCCACCGUGAUGUCUGGUUCUUACGGGAAGAAAAUGACACCAUCAAGGCACAGUUACAUUUGACUGAGGAAAAUCUCAGCACCACAAUGUUCCAAUGCCAUCAACUGAAAUGUACAAAUGACGAAUUGUACUGCAAGAUUGAAGAACUGGAUUUAUUAAAAUUCCGUAACGCUGAACUUGAAAAAAAUCUAUAUUUUAUAAAUCUUCAAAAUUCUGAAUAUCUUUCUGUAAUAUCUCGACUCGAACAAGUGAAUGUUGAUAAUUUAAGCGAAUUACAUUCAAAAGAGUCCUAUGAUGUGGAAGAUGUUUUUUCUCACAAUGAGUUCGAUCGAGAAAAUGAGAUAAAGGCUGAUUUUGUUGACGAAUUGAUUUGUAAUGAACAUGGAAUGCUUCUUGAAACGAUUAAAACCUUGCAAAAGCAAGAACUGCAAGCUCUACAGUAUAAAUUUGUCGAAUUAUGUGUUAUAGAGUUGUUGAAACAAAAUGAAUUAUUCGACAUAUUUAAAGACGAAUGGUGGUCUCUUGGAGACAUUAGCAAAAAUGGUGAACCAAUGGAGAAUUCAAUGAAUUUUUCAUCACAAAUAAUGUCAUGUGGACUUGAUAGGUGGGGAUAUUAUGACUUAGAUUAG